AUGCCACCAAGUCAUUCGAAGGUCAAGUGCGGCAGCGCAGCUGACGCCACCCACACUCGACCGCUUCUGCAUGAAGGUGGAAUGCCAUCAGAUGCUCCCGCAGAGCCUUUGCUGCACCCCGCUGCUGAAAGCACCAGACGAGGCGCACUACCGACCUGUCCCGCCACCGCUGAGUGCUGGGCCGAAGAUGCCAUCAGCGCGGCAAAAAGCACCGAGUGA